AUGGCUCCAACAAAAAAGUGCAUCGAGAAUGAGAAGUUGGCCUGGGACAAAUUCGAUAACCUUAAAGUCAGAUUAGACGCUCUCACCUCUUUUGCUGAGAAAAAGUUGGAAACAAUCUCGGCACCCGCUGCGUCAUCAACCUUUAAUUCCAUCCUUAGUCUCAGCCAAGAAUGCUCUUCAGCUUACGAGACCUGGUUGGAAUUGGCUUCUUCUAUCACUCUUCCGGAAGAAAAAAUCUCCGAGGUAAAGAUCGGUUUUAACAAUGCAUGUGUUACAGCUGAUUGUAUCCUCAUCGAACUGGGAACAAUUGCCGGUAUCAAAGGGCCGUUACAAGCUGAUGGUGAUGAGGUCAAGACGUCAUCUUCCAGACUACCCAAGGUUGAACUUCGCCAGUUCGACAAGGGCAACACUCGCCUUUGGUUUGACCACCUGGAAGUUGUUUUUCGAACGAAAAACAUCGAGGCUGAAAACCAACGUUUUGCUGCCCUGCUCAAAUUCUUGGACGAGUCGACAAGUUCCCUGUUGUCAUCCAUCACGAGGUCAGAGGCGAAAAACCAAUAUUCACAAGCGAAGCGUCUGUUGAUAAAGGAAUUUUCAUUGUCGAAGUACGACCGAGUAAAAGCGUACGUACACGAAGUCUCACCCAUGGCUGAUGAGCGAUUGACGCAUUUCGCAGCAAGAGUGGAUGUACUUUUCGAAGACAUCACGAUCAACGAUGUCAGGAAAUUCUGCCUCUUACGUCACGCGCCAGCUCCAGUCAGGCUGCAGUUGGCCGGAAGCAGAUUCGAGGACCUCGAGUUGCAGGAGCUUCUGCAAGAAGCUGAUACCUUGACUCAGCGUGCUACGCAAGACGCACAACUCGUUGCCGCUUUUCAACCAUCAGCUGGAAAGAAAAAAGAAGGCAAGAAAAAGGUUUGCUUCUACCACUUGAAUUUCGGCAAGGAUGCUCACACGUGUUCCGGAGAGGGCCGUUGCAUUUUGUGGAAGUCAGGACUUCGUGUCGGCAAAAGGGGAAACGACCAAGAGGGCCCUUUAAGAGGGUAAAAGGUUCCUCUAUUGAUUUUCCACCCUCUGAUUCCAUCUGCUGUUCAGUAUUCAACGCCGGAAAUUUCCUCAUCGAUUCUGGCUCUCCGUUGACGAUUGUUCCAGUUCCCGCUAACGACGUCGGAAAACCUCGAUCUGAAACAGGUCUCCUAAGCGCCAGCGGCGAAAAAAUCUUCUCCUACGGAAGAAAGCCAAUCGAAAUUCCAAUUAAUAAAUCAAUUUACCAUUACGAAGCGUCCAUCUGUAAUGUCGUCCGUCCGAUUCUUGGACGUGAUUUUUUCCAGGGUCCUGGAAAAGAUCUUUUACUAGACAUCUCUCAGAAAAAGCUGGUUGACAGAAACUCAGGGUCACCUGUUGCCAAAACUCCUGUGCACAUACUCCAACCAGACGUGGUGGCAGCUGUGGAAGGUUCGAGUUCCAUGGACCCUACAACCCCAGCUUUUCAGUCGGAAGGGCAACUAGUUCCCUUUCGGAAGCUUGCCGAAGUUGCGGUCAAGGAAUUCAUCGAAAAAAUCGGAUCGGAUGACGGAAA